AUGGAAAAUUAAGUAGUUAAAAAUCCUACAAAUCAAAAAAGCAAGAGUAAUGUGUGUUAGCAAGUUUUUAGUAGUAACAAUUUAAGCAUAAACUACAAUACUUAAUUUUUAGAUCAAUCAAAAGUCAAAUAAAAGAUCUAAGUUUAAGAGGAAGAUUUCAAAUUUAAUUUUAGUUUUAGUUAGUAUCCUAAUUCAAGCAAUGAUUUUGAUGAGUUUUCUUAACAAAAUAAAGUUUCAGAUUCAAAUUAAAUAGAGAUAUUGUUUGAGCUACUCUAAGGAGAAUAUGAAUUGUCUAAUGUAAUAAAAGUAACUGUUAGAGACCAUGGUAGAAUGUCUCUAAACUAAAUGUUAAAAAUGUUUCAAAUUUUAAAUACUAAGAACAUAGAUUUUUCUUCUGAGUAUUAAAAUAAUAACUUUUUAGGAUGGAAAAUAAAUUAUCAUAUUAUUGGUAAUUUAGGACCUUUCUAUAAUUUCUUCAUAAAAAGCCAAGAAAACUAAUUUACUGAGUACUCCCAUAGAAGUUUGUAUUAUAAGAGCUAACCUUUUUAUCAAUAAAACUUGAAUCAAAAUAAAUUAAAAAGUCAAAUCAAUAAAUAAAAUACAGAAAGGUUAAUACAAAACUCUACUUAUAAUAGUGAACUCAUAUAUAAGUUUAUGAAGGAUAAAGCUAAAAUAAAAAAUAACCUUUAAAAUAGUAAAAGUAGCUAAAAUAUUUGA